UUAUGUGGGUCUUACUAGAGGGGAACUAAGAGCCGUGAAGUUGAAAAGUUCUUUAUCUGAGUUCAAAGAUUUAGAUGAUUUUUCUUCAUGUCUAAACCAAAAUUUUAAGGUUCUCAAAAAUGUUGAAUCGGAGAAACUCUUAUUUUUUACCGAAGAAGAUCGCAACACACCGCUUUUGCCAGACGUCAUCAUUACAUCUCUGUCCACCACAGCGUCAAGACCGCUUGUUGUUCGGUACCCACUGUCUGAUGCAAAUACAUACGGAGAGUGGAAAUUUAAGGAUGUGUUUCAAUAUGUGCUGAAACAGGACCAUACAUCUCUUGACACUGUGCCAAGAUUUAAUCCAAACGAACUUCCUGCAAUAUACCCUCCGAUUAAUGACCAGGAGUUGGAUCUCUUCAAUAAGAAACUUGAAGAAAAAUACUAUACAUUCCGUAAUGAAAUAAAGAACGAGGCAACAUCACGCAAGCGCGAUAAACCAUCAACUAUUUUUGGUAUAGUAACUACAGGACGUA